CUGGGUCUGCGGACACCUCAGCUUCGGCGCCCGGGCCGCCCCGCCUCUGCCGGACAGGCCGCACUGCCGCCUCAGCCGGCCCAGCCGCCCGCAGCACCCCGGGGCCGCACUCCGCCGCCGCGCAGGCCAGCCGCAGCCGCGACCCGGCGCGCCCAGUCGCACGUGGCGGACCCGCCCCCUGGGCCAGCAGUGUCCUGGCCUCCGCGGGCCCCCGCUCUCCAGUCCUCUGACCCGGCCCCAGGACCGCGAUGAGCUUCCUCAGCCGGCAGCAGCCGCCGCCGCCCCGCCGCGCCAGGGCCGCCUGCACAUUGCGGCAGAAACUGAUUUUCUCGCCCUGCAGCGACUGUGAGGAAGAAGAAGAGGAAGAGGAGGAGGAAGGCAGCGGCCACAGUACCGGGGAGGACUCGGCCUUUCAGGAGCCCGACUCGCCGCUGCCUCCCGCGAGGAGCCCCGCCGAGCCCGGGCCCGAGCGCCGCCGCUCACCCGGCCCGACCCCCGGCAGCCCCGGGGAGCUGGAGGAGGACAUGGUGCUGCGGGACGCCUGCCCAGGCGUGGACGGGACGGGCGGCGGGGCCGAGGGCGACUCGUGGGAGGAGGAGGGCUUCGGCUCCUCGUCGCCCGUCAAGUCGCCGGCUGCUGCCUAUUUCCUGGGCAGCUCGUUCUCGCCAGUGCGCUGCGGCGGCCCGGGGGACACGUCGCCGCGGGGCUGCAGGGCGGGCGAGGGCCCCUGCUCGCCGCUGCCUGACCACCCGGGCACCCCGCCGCACAAGACCUUCCGCAAGCUGCGGCUCUUCGACACGCCGCACACGCCCAAGAGUUUGCUCUCCAAAGCUCGAGGAAUAGAUUCCAGUUCUGUUAAACUCCGAGGUGGUUCUCUCUUCAUGGAUACAGAAAAAUCAGGAAAAAGGGAAUUUGAUGUGCGACAGACCCCUCAAGUGAAUAUUAAUCCUUUUACUCCGGACUCUGUGUUGCUUCAUUCCUCAGGACAGUGUCGCCGAAGAAAGAGAACAUAUUGGAAUGAUUCCUGUGGUGAAGACAUGGAAGCUAGUGAUUGUGAGUUUGAAGAUGAAACAAGACCUGCUAAGAGAAUUACAAUUACUGAAAGCAAUAUGAAGUCACGGUAUACAACAGAAUUUCAUGAGUUAGAGAAAAUUGGCUCAGGAGAAUUUGGUUCUGUGUUUAAGUGUGUGAAGAGGCUGGAUGGAUGCAUUUAUGCCAUUAAACGAUCGAAAAAGCCAUUGGCCGGCUCUGUUGAUGAGCAGAAUGCUUUGAGAGAAGUAUAUGCUCAUGCAGUGCUUGGACAGCAUUCUCAUGUAGUGCGAUAUUUCUCUGCGUGGGCAGAAGAUGAUCAUAUGCUUAUACAGAAUGAAUAUUGUAAUGGUGGAAGUUUAGCUGAUGCUAUAAGUGAAAACUACAGAAGUAUGACUUACUUUACAGAAGUAGAUUUGAAGGAUCUCCUUUUGCAAGUUGGCCGGGGCUUGAGGUAUAUUCAUUCGAUGUCUUUGGUGCACAUGGAUAUAAAACCUAGUAAUAUUUUCAUAUCUCGAACCUCAAUCCCAAAUGCUGCCUCUGAAGAAGGAGAUGAAGAUGACUGGGCAUCCAACAAAGUUAUGUUUAAAAUAGGGGAUCUUGGGCAUGUAACAAGGAUCUCUAGUCCUCAAGUUGAAGAAGGCGAUAGUCGUUUUCUUGCAAAUGAAGUUUUACAGGAGAAUUAUAACCAUCUACCAAAAGCAGAUAUUUUUGCCCUUGCCCUCACAGUGGUCUGUGCUGCUGGUGCCGAACCUCUUCCCAGAAAUGGAGACCAAUGGCAUGAAAUAAGACAGGGUAGAUUACCUCGGAUACCACAAGUGCUUUCUCAAGAAUUUACAGAGUUGCUAAAAGUUAUGAUUCAUCCAGAUCCAGAGAGAAGACCUUCAGCAAUGGCACUGGUAAAGCAUUCAGUAUUGCUCUCUGCUUCUAGAAAGAGUGCAGAACAAUUAAGAAUAGAAUUGAAUGCUGAAAAGUUCAAAAAUUCACUUUUGCAGAAAGAACUCAAGAAAGCCCAGAUGGCAAAAGCUGCAGCUGAAGAAAGAGCACUCUUCACUGACCGGAUGGCCACUAGGUCCACCACCCAGAGUAAUAGAACAUCUCGACUUAUUGGAAAGAAAAUGAACCGCUCUGUCAGCCUUACUAUAUACUGAACUACUCAUUUCCCACCUCCCCCGAAAAACUGUGACAAGAGGAAGCUAGGUUGAAAUCACUGCUAGAAUCCAGUUUGCAAUUACUUUUUUGAUUGGUGUCAGUAGUUCUACUGAAAUACCCUUUAGGACUUUUAUUUGUGAAUUACAGUUGAAAGCUGUAUUUUGACCAUUGCUGUAUCAGGCUUUCGUCUAGUCUUACAGGUCUGUCUUUUGUAGGAUGUCAGUCACUGUUGGAUGUUACACUAGCCUUUCCAGGGUUAACCACUGUGGUGGUGUGCUGCUUAUGGUUUGCUGUUGCAUUGUAAUAAAAGGUAUCUUUCCAUGUAGUGACCUGUAGAAAGGACUCGAGGGCUUUAUUACAAACAUAUUCUCCCUUCGAAAAGGGAAAUGCUAAAAGACUCCGUACUGCUCAGCCUUCAGUGUACCUGUGUGUCAAUCUUAUAUUUCUUUCUUUUUAAUUGUGAAUUAUACUUGUAUAUUGAACUGGGAGCACUUUGUAGGCAUUGCAUGAACCACGGGAUGAUAAUUCUGUGGAAGUAUUGCCUUGUGAAUUUGCUGCUAUUUUAGUUUUGUCUUUGCUGUAAAAUUGUAGCAUUAAAACAAUCAUUGUUGUUAAUAGGCUUUCUUUUUGAAAUAAUUAUGUGAAAUGUAUAGCUGCUCUUGAUGAAAAGCAGUUAUUAGCCCUUUUUUCUUUGAACUUUGAAGCUAGUGUGUUGGAAGAAUGCACCUCCCCCCCAGUGCUGUAUUAAUGUAGUAUAAUUAUUACUGGUUUUGUAAUUUUUCUGGUAAUGUCCUUCCCUCUUUAAAAAUGUCUGCUCCCUCCCAAGUUUUGUACUUGAUUGUAUUCUUAGUCUGUUUUUAAAUGUUUUGCCCAGUUUCUCUUUGAUAUUUGUGUAUAUAACCUGAUCUUGGUGAAACUGUACAUAGCUGUUUGAAAUGCCAGAAUGACUUCUGACAUUCCAAGUUUUUCACAAAAUAUAUUUUAUCUACAAUUAGCCAUUUGACUAAUAAUACUGGCUAACAUGUUACAAAAAAAUAGAAUUUGUCUAUUUUCUCAUUAAUUUUGCUUUAAAACAUGUUUGCACUUGUCUUUGACUUGUGUUUUAUUAACAUUGAUUGGCAUAUUAAAAGUCACUCUGAGCUUACCUUAUUUGUCUAAAUGCUUGUGGUGCCUGUUUUCUACUAUUUUGUCUCCAUUAUCACUACAUUAUAAAAUGUAGAAUAUAAUGUUUAUAUAUAAAGUACUAAAAGCAGAGGGCACAUUUUUGAUAGAAUAUGAAACAUUGACUUAUUAAUUAAGAGAUUGAUCCACAUUAGUUGCAUUUUGGGAUUCAAGAAAAAUUUGCCUACUUUUGUCAUUUUAAAUAUUUAAUAUUUUUAUAUCACAUUGCAUAUUAUGCAUCUGAUUUGCUAGAAAUGUGGUAUAAGGUAAUUUAAAACAGCUUCAGGUUAGUAAGUGAAUAUAAUAGAUAUGACUCAUAACUUUAUAAUUUGGACUGAGUCACAAAAGAGCUUAAAAUUGGGGCGAGUUUUAACUCUCACAAAAUGAGACUGCGUUUUAAGAAUUAAGAGUACAAAUUGAAAUGAUAAAUGGCGCUAAUUCUGUGACAUCUUUUUUCUGAUGUAAAUUUGGAACCAGAGCAAGCAGUAAAGGUCUUUGAACAGAUAAAAA